AUGAUACAACCGAAUAUUAUCUUAACAUUGUUUAUUUCUGGUCCAAAAAGUCCUGGGAUUGAUAUUGAUGUUUAUCUUCAGCCUCUAAUUGAUGAUUUAAAGGAGUUGUGGGAUGCAGGUAUUGAAACCUAUGAUGCAUCAUCAAGACAAAAUUUUCAAUUGUGUGCAGCCUUAUUGUGGACAAUCAAUGACUUUCCUGCUUAUGACAUGCUAUCUGGAUGGAGUACUAAAGGAAAACUAGCUUUCCCUUGUUGUCAUUCAGAAACCAGCUCAUGUCGUUUGAAAUAUGGUCGCAAGCAAUGCUACAUGGGCCAUCGUAGAUUCUUACCUACUCUACACCCUUGGCGUAUGAAAAAGAGCCCUUUUGAUAACACACGAGAGGUAAAAAUUGCAUCUGAACCAUUAACUGGAGAUCACGUGAUUGCACAACUGGAGGGUCUUGAGCUGCUGCCAUUUGGAAAAGCUACAAGAAAAAGAAUUGCAAAAGUAAAUCAUAAUUGGAAGAAGAAAAGUAUCUUUUUUGAAUUACCUUAUUGGAGAACAAAUUUAUUGAGGCAUAACAUAAAUGUGAUGCACGUGGAGAAAAAUAUUUGUGAAAGUGUUAUUGGGACGUUGUUUGAUCUUGAAGGCAAAACAAAAGAUACAAUAAAGUAUAGAUUAGAUUUGCAGCGUAUGGGACUCAAGAAACAACUUCAUCCUAUUAAGAUUGAGGAUAUGUAUAUGAUUCCACCCGCAUGCUGUUGCGUAAAUAUAAAUGAGCUGAAGAUUUCAGGACUUAAAAGCCAUGAGUAUCAUGUUAUACUUGAGAGACUUCUUCCCCUUGCCAUAAGAGGGUUGAUUCCGAAGGAUGCUUGUGAUCAUUUGAUUGAGAUGUCUUUAUUCUUUGGUGACUUAUGCUCUAAAGAGUUGAAAUUGGAUGAGUUGGAUCAUUUGCAGAAUUGCAUCGCAUUGACACUUUGUAAGCUGGAGCGCAUCUUCCCACCGUCAUUUUUUGAUGUUAUGGUUCAUCUCUCAGUUCACUUGGCAAAUGAAGCAAAAAUUGGAGGUCUUGUUCAAUAUAGAUGGAUGUAUCAUGUUGAAAGAUUUUUACGCAUUCUAAAGAGUUAUGUGCGCAACAAAGCACGACCAGAAGGUUCCAUAGCAGAAGGAUAUGUGGCUGAAGAAUGUAUGGCAUUUUGUGCCAGAUAUUUGACCGACAUGGAUUCUAGAGAGCACAUGACUAAGAUUAGAAAUGAAAGUGAAAGGAAUGUAGCAAAGAGACACAAGGAGCAAUUUUAUAAAUGGUUUGAAAAUGAGGUUGUGCGAUUACAACAAUUGGGUGAUACGAGGAUUACUAAUCAACUAGUAACAUUAUCUAAAGGACCAGAUUUUCGAGUAUUCAGUCAUAAAGGAUAUAUUCUGAAUGGUUUUAAGUUUCGUACAAAAGAUGUAGAGAAACACUUGAAAACCCAAAAUAGCAGUGUUAUAGUGAAAGGAGAUGAGUUAACUGGGCAUGCUGAUUACUAUGUGGUUGUUAAAAAGAUGACUAAAAUAAAAUAUUUAGAUAACAACUUUGUUAUACUAUUCAAUUGUGAUUGGUUUGAGGCUCCUUCUGAAGGUCGAAACCAAGGCAGGGAAUAUAAGAAAGAUGACUAUGGAUUUAUUAGUGUAGAUAUCACAAGGUUAUUUUACAAAAAUGAUCCUUUUAUCUUGGGCUCCCAAGCUGAGUUGGUUUACUAUGUACAAUACAGUGGCAAGGAAAAUUGGUAUUCAGUGGUUAAAGUCAAACCAAGACAUAUCUUUGACUUGCCAAAUGGUGAAGAUGACGAUGAAUUUGAAGCGUAUCAACUAAAUGAGUUGAGUGAUACACAUGGAGAACUAGAAACACCAUUAGAGAACCAAGAUGAAGAGGCUUUACUUGGAGAACAAGAAGCACCACUAGUGGCCCAAGUUGAAGAGGUUUUAAAUAGAGAUGAUGUCGUAGGGCUAUGCUUGGAUGAGAGUAUUAUUGAGAAAGAAGAAGAAUUAAAGAGGUUGAUGAUGCAAGUGACUUUGAAAGUGAUAUUGAUAAAGAAGAAUCUGAAAGCGAAAAUGAUUACUCAGAGAAAGAAGAUUCUGACACAGAAUAAAAGAAAUUUCUAG